GAGAGCGCCAGAAGAAGAAGAAGAACAGAGUUCUCCAAGAGGUCGCUGCAGCUAAAGCGCUUUACUUCCGGGAUACUGUCAGGAUGAGAUUGUAGCAUCGGCGCUGAGUAAAACCAUAUUCCAGGGUGAUGGGGCCAGAUGGUGCCCCAGGUCCAGCUGUGCCAUGGCGUAAGGUGCUGUGGGAACGCCAGCCUUUUCCAGAUAACUACGUAGACCAGCGGUUCUUGGAGGAGUUACGCAGGAACGAGGGCAUCCGGCAGUACCGUUACUGGGCUGUAGUGAAGGAAGCCGGAUUUGUAGGACAGCAGCUGUCUUGUGUGGCCAUUUUUAUCACCCUCUGGCUCUACAUGGAGCAGGGUCUGCUUCUGCCUGAGACGUUGCUGUGGUCCAGCCUCAUCUGUGCCCUACUGGGUUAUGGACUUCAUCAAGCCUUGACAUCUCGCGUUGAAUCAUGUGGUGAACCCCGCACUCAUCUGGCCGAUUUACAGAGUGCAGCCAUUUUCCUUUCCUUCACCUUUGGCUUCUCGCCAGUUCUUAAGACACUAACAGAGUCUGUGAGUACAGACACUGUGUACGCCAUGUCUGCUUUGAUGCUGCUGGCCCAUUUGGUGUCGUUUCCUUACGCCCAGCCAUCGCCUCCUGGAAGCCUCUCUUUAAAUGCAGCUCUGUUUGCCUCGGUGUGCCUAGCCUCUAGGUUACCCGGAGCUCUGCACACUUUCGCCAUGCUAAGCUGCGCCCUGCUGGUGUUUGCUCUGUGGCCCUGCCUGCUGCAGACGCUGAGGGAGAACGCCCCUGGCCAUUUUACUGUGGUGUGCAUGGGAGUUUGCAUUGGAGGGAUAGUAGGUCUGGGGUCUCAGACGCUGGGUGGAGCUGUGCUCUUAACCCUGGCUUUAGCAAGUGUAACACUGCUCUGUCCUUUCCUGCUUGUCAGGCUGCAGAGGCACAAAGACAACAUUCAUGGACCCUGGGAUGAGGCUGAGAUUCGUGAGGACCUGAGCCGCUUCCUUCACUAAUAAGCAGCCUAGCACAAGCAGCUCCUAAACAAACUGAUAUUAAAAGUGUAACUGAAUUUUAUAUGAACCAAUUCACUGUCAUAGUGCUGGUUUCUUGGUGCUGUGCAUGUAAAAGGACUAAUUUUAACUGUUUUUUUUUUUGUUUGUUUGUUUUUUUAUCACUGGUUCAUGUAUGAUUGGAAAGCAAUGACAAACUAUUAUUCUCUUCCAGGUAGUAUGAGGAUGGUUUUUAAUGUUCAAGCUGCUACUGUUUUGUAAUUUACCUCAGUUUGUGCAAAAGGUCUCAACUAAUAAUAUGACUUGUUACAGGAUGUUAAUGGUUUGCAAAUCUCUGUAAGAAAAAAUGAAAUCACAUAUAAAGGGCUGUAAUUCCAUUUUCCACAAAUUAUUUGUAAAUAUUAGAAGACUUUUAGGAUUUCAUUGUGUAUUUUGGUAAUGAGAGUAUUUCUUCAGUGUUAUUCAAUACAAUACUACAAAAAGCUGUUUUACCUGCUACACACUACAAGCUUAAUAUAAGACAUAGCCGCAGUUUUUAGAGUUACCAUGUCCCUUGUUCACAAGUCAUCAGCACAGCAGGUUGUUCCUAGUGUUUGAUUUGGCAGAUUUUUACACCAGGUGUCAUUCUCGAUUUAAAAACCCUGGAAGGGAUUUGUCUCCUUCCAGGGUUAAACUGGGUUGCGUUCACUUCAGCUACUACACAGCGGAGCUACACACCCCAUAUAAUGAUAACUUCAUGAA